AUGCCCAUCACGCAGGACAACGCAGGGGUCUUCCUCCCCCUCCUGUGCCAGUGGCUGCAGAACAGCCGUCGGGAGGGGGAUGAGGGUGCCGAGCAGCAGCUCUGCCGCUCAGCUGUCCAGAAGCUGAGUGAGUACAUCCAGCUCAACUUUUCUGUGGACGAGAGCAAACUGCAGCCAGGGAGCUGCGGGACUUUGGAUAUGGAGAUCUGCACCAUGUAUCUGGCCCAGGAGAUGAGAAAAACUGAGGUUCUGGGGUUGAGCUUUGGGAACAUCCCAGCUCUGGGGGAGUAUGGGGAGAAGCGUCGGGGAGGGAAGAAGAGGAAGGGGCAUAAAGGGCCAGUGCUCGACGUUGGGUGCAUCUGGGUGACAGACUUGAAGAAAAACAGCCCGGCCGGGAAGUGCGGGAGAGUGCGGCUGAAAGACGAGAUCCUCUCCUUGAACGGGCAGUUGAUGGUCGGUGUGGAUGUCACUGGUGCCAGUUACCUGGCCGAGCAGUGCUGGAAUGGCGGCUUCGUCUACCUGAUCAUGUUGCGCCGCAUCAAGCGCAAAGCCCCUCUUCCUCCCUCCAACGGCAACAACAGCAACAGCUGCGACCCCAAAGCCAAACCCAGCCCCGAGCCCGGCGACAGACCCGCUCAAAAUGGGAAAAGGACCAGGAAGUUUGGGGUCAUCACCAGAACACCAGGCAGCAAGGACAACAAAGAAAAGCUGGGCUCAGAGCAUGGGAACGGGCACUGCACUCCGAUGGAGGUGGAGGUUGCGCAACCAGAGACCUCCGGAGCAGAAAGCAACGGGGAAGAGCAGCUUCAGAGCACAGGGGGACAGCUGUUGGAUGGCAGCAUGCCGGACGUUGGCGACCAGUCUGCCCAGCGGGAAGGUUGCCGCAUAUGGAGGAUGCACAUCCUGAAGGGGACGGACGGGCUGGGAAUCCAGAUAACAGGAGGCAGAGGGUCGAAGAGGUCCCCUCACAGCAUCAUCGUCACCCGCGUGGAGGAGGGUGGCUCCGCACACAGGGACGGCAGGCUGACAGCGGGUGACGAGCUCCUCAUGAUCAACGGGCAGUCGCUGGUUGGGCUCUCCCACCAGGACGCCGUGGCCCUCCUUCGCUCAGCCGCUGGCCUGGUGCAGCUGGUGGUUGCUAGCAAGGAAUCUGCUGAAGGGGAUUUUCUGGAGUACCCAUCUACCAGUUUGCCAGACUUGCUUAGCAGUUGCUCAGUCCAGGACUCUGUCUCUUGCACUGACAAUAAGGAAAAUGAAGAGCCAGAAGAAGAAGAUGUGAAGGGAGUGAACAUGUCUCCUGAAACACUGGUUGCUAUGAUGGAAACUGAGAAGUCUCAAGAUCCAGUUUGUACAGAAGUGUCCAAAGGAAACAACCAGAGUCCAACUCUAGGAAGUGGCAUACUGAAAUACAGAAGUCGAUCCCAAGGUGCUGGAUCCCGUUUGGAGUCCGUGGGAGAAGAUGACGAGCUGACGGUGGAAAAUGGUGAAUCGAAUUACGAAAUAGCAGUGAAAUAUUCCCGGGGUGGAAGAAAGCACUCUCUGCCCCAGCAACUGGAGUCAGCAGGAGCCAGGCAGGACUACCACAUUGUGAAGAAGUCUACACGUUCCUUCAGUGCUGCCCAAGUGGAAUCUCCAUGGAGACUGACCCAGCCGUCCAUCAUUUCCAACAUCGUCCUGAUGAAAGGGCAGGGCAAGGGUCUUGGAUUCAGCAUAGUGGGAGGUCAGGAUUCUGCUCGUGGACGCAUGGGGAUUUUCGUGAAGACUAUAUUCCCAAAUGGAGCAGCAGCUGCUGAUGGAAGGCUUAAAGAAGGGGAUGAAAUCCUAGAAGUUAAUGGAGAGUCUCUGCAAGGACUGACCCAUCAGGAGGCCAUUCAGAGGUUUAAGCAACUCAAGAAAGGUGUGGUGACCCUGACGGUGCGCACGCGGCUGCGCAGCCCCAGCCUGACGCCCUGCGCCACUCCCACCUUGCUGAGCCGCUCCAGCUCCCCCAGCUCCAGCGCUGGAAUGCCGGGCCCUGGCCCCGAGGAGCCUGAGGGUUCCUCCUCCAGCCGCAAAGGACCCGGUCCAAAAGACAGGAUUGUCAUGGACGUCACGCUCAAUAAAGAGCCAGGGGUUGGGCUCGGCAUUGGUGCCUGUUGUCUCACUCUGGAAAACAGUUCUCCAGGGAUAUAUAUUCACAGCCUGGCCCCAGGAUCUGUGGCUAAAAUGGAUGGCAGAUUAAGUCGGGGUGACCAGAUCCUGGAGGCAGACUCGGUGAGUCUGCGCCAUGCGGCGCUGAGUGAAGCCUACGCCAUCCUGAGCGAGUGUGGUCCAGGUCCCGUCAGCCUCAUCAUUAGUCGGCACCCAAACCCAAAGGUUUCUGAACAGGAGAUGGAUGAAGCAAUUGCACGUACGACCCACCGGGAGAGCAAGGACACCAGUUCCUCUCACGUCACAGGAACUGUACAAAAAAGCCCAUCUCCUAAUGUGAAGGCCAAACAAGGAGAGAGCUCAUCUGCCCUCAGCUGGACUAUGAAACGCUUUCUGGAGCCAGCAAGCCGGGGAUCUGUCAGCUCAGAGGCAGAGCUUUCCCAGUACUUCUCGCACGACAGCACAAGCCAGCUCCCAUUUUCUAAUGCUCUAACCAGCUCCUGCAAUGAGGAGCAGCUCCUUCAGAAGAACAGAAACAGUUUGUUGGAUGAUGGCUCUCUUCUCCCUGGCAACCUCACAGAUAGAGAAGCAGGAGUGGCAAAAGCAAAUGGUCUGGCUUCUCCAACUAGUGGGAGAUCAUCCAGCCUUCACAACAAGCACAUGGAGUCUGUCCGACCUGGCAUCCUCAGUGACAGCCCCAAAUCUACCCGCAGCCCCUUUCAUCGACAGAGAAGGGUUGUUUUCUAUGAUGGUGACGUUAGUGAUGAUGACGAAAGUUCCCACUUGCAAAGAAGCCAGAGGGCAAAGAUUCAGGAGAAUGCUAGCAUUGUCAUUACAACCUCAUCCAUAGAAAUUGAUGAUGAGAGCCAGGGCAGCGAGUCACCUAGAUACAGUGGCACAGAGACAUCUUCCCCUGUCUUCAGCAGCUCCAUGGAGUCUGCAGACAGCACGCUGGAGCAAGCUGAGUCUCCUUUCUUCCCCAUCAUAGCAUUUGAUUACUCAAGUAUGCCAGAAGUUCGUCUUGGCAGCCUGAGUUUGAAGGAGCUCCGAGAAGCACAACUGGAAUCUAAGAGAUCACCAAAACUUGAGCACAGAGCAGUCACAAGAGUGAAAAGCAUGAUGAGCACUGAGUGCCGAAGCCUUCAGAGACACAAGACGGAGGAACAUGGCUCUUACAACAAGCCUGUUGCGAGGACGCUCCCUCACAGCAAGAAGUGUGAAGUGCCCAAUGGGGCUGGGCAGGGCCAGGGUGAAAUAGUCACUCUGGUUCGCAAUGAGCACGAGUCAUUUGGCCUGGAUUUGGAGAUCCAGGCCAUGCCCUUAAAGGUUGUUGUCACAGGGCUGCGGCCAGGUGGAGCAGCAGAAAUGGGAUCAAUGGGCAAGAUGGCUGUAGGAGAUGAGAUUACUACCAUCAACAGUAUCCCAGUCAGUAAGAUGACGUAUGAGGAAAUCUGCUUGCUUAUGCAAUGUCUUCCCACAUCUGUAACCCUGGAGAUCCAGAAAGCAGCAUCAGUUGUCAGCAGAUUUACAAACCUCAUCCUGUCUCCAGGGGUAGACAGUCAAAACCAGGCCGAUGUCACUAGCAUCCUCCCAACUGAGGAAGAACCGAGCGCUGGGAAGCAAGGAGGAGCAGCAGGUUUGCAGAAGGCUGGCGGUGGCGGCUGUGCGGGAGAGAGGACAACACUGCCACCUGAUGCCGCCAGCAAAGACGUGCAAAGAGGUGCCGUGAGGAGCAGCCGCGCCGAGGAGGGCCAGGCUGCCAUCCCGGUCACCGAUAUCGAUGACUUGCUCAGCCAAAUGGGUGCUCCGGAGAGCAGGGCUUUGCGCACCCCGUCGCGAGCAGAAAACCCCCUCCGAGAUGAGUACACCACGCUGUGCUGCUGUGGGACUGACGAGGGGUGUCCUGGAUCUGAGCCACGGCCGGCCAAGGAGGAGCUGCUGGAAAAAACUGUGAAUUGUGGAGCUAAUGCACAAGGGGUUUUGGGGCUGUCUGUGUUGGACUCCAUUAACACAGGCAAGCUCUUUACUGUGAAUAAAAACUCUUUAAAUAACUAUUCUAGGAAUUUUAGCAGUUUAAAUGAGGAUGAGUUGCCUGCAGCAAACUCUCUGGAAGGUAAGAGAAGCGACCCACUUCCAAAGUCUAUGUAUGGGGCUGCAGAGGAUUCUCACUCGGACGCAGAGUCUGUCACAGAAACCUUUGAUAGUGCUAACGAGGUGCUGCUGGGGCCGUGUGCUGCUGCUGAUGCCCCUGCAGUCUGUUCUGUAAUGGAGUCAGAUGAGGAGCAAAUUGAGAUUUGCUGCAUGAGCGAUGAGCCACAACAGCCGUCACAGGAGCAGCAUCUCACAUCUGCGUCAAGCUCAUCCUCUCUGUCCCUGCUGCACCCUUGCGGCGGCAAAGUUUUGCUGACCGAGGGCUGUGCAAUGUGUGGGUCACUGGAGACAAGCAUCAACAAACUAGGCUUGGAUGAUCACAGUGGUCCCACUCCAUGUCCCUCACAAUGUUCUGAGGUGUCCUCUGCAACCUCGUGUUCUUCUUCCUCAGUUUUCCUGCCAGAAAAAGACAUCCUAAAGAAUUCAGUCAGUAUCCCUGAAGUUUACUCCUUCUGUGACAAUGGUGCCUUAAGUACAGAAAAACAGAUGGGUUUGUGGAACAGUAAUGGACAUAUGAAAUGCUGUGAAUCCAUUGAAGAGGAAGGGUUGCUGCACUGCAAAAAGGUAAGCUUUUGCUCUGGUAGAAGUACCAGUGGCUUGGCGAACAACUUGCUUGAGAAAGAAGGAUGUAAUGAUGAGCAGAGGUCCAAAUCUGAAAGCGAAGCUGUCGUUGAGGACUGUAAUCAUGCUGUUAAUCAUUGCUCAGUGAAGAAAGAAACCAACACUUUGUCCAGCUUGUCUAAAACAGACAGCAAUCAUUUGAAUGCAUCAUCAAGAGCAGUAUCACUCAGGUCUCCCUUUCCCACUAGAUCUAAAGAUCCAAAGGCAAAUACAACUCAUGACUUGCCAGGGAAAAAUGAGAAAAUUAACUCUGUGACUUCAGGAAGGACUUCAAAUGGAAAAGUCCAAAGCUCAGGCACAAAUCACUGCAAAGGAGCUGCAGUUCUGCACAGCCCAUCCUCGCAGAAAAAAUCCUGUCAGGAGUCUAAGGGAAUGGCACAAAAAAGUAUAAUGGACACUCUUUUGAAUAACCAGAAGGCCAAAGCAGGACCAAAGCUAAAAGGGUUCACCAUCAAAAGCAAAUCAAAGGCAAACUCAGAUUCUUGUGGCAUUAAUCCUACCAAAGUCAGUGGGGCUGAUCAGAAAAGGAUUUCUGUUUCUCCACAACUGUCCCCUAAACUCCCAGGGAAGAAAACACCUUUGUCCCGUAAUUCACCUACAAACCCAGAUCCUGGCAAGAGCAUUUCCGCAGCCUCAAGGGCUCUGAAGUCAGAGCUAGAAAAUAAACCUUCAAUCAUUUCUGAAGGUUUAGUUUUGCCUCUCCUGAAUGGCACUAGAACCCCAACAGUGAGUGGUGAAAUGAAGUAUAGCUAUGGGGAGCUAACAGACCUACAACAGGCAUGGGGGAAGCUGAAAGAAAAGCAAGUUUCCAUGCAGCCUGUGACAUGUCAGGGUAAGGAUGUUAAGGUGGAUGAUUUCAGAGCCAGAGACAGUCAGUCCAAAAUCACCUCAUCUCUUCAGGGGAUACAAAAAGUUGAAUAUGUGAAAGGGAGGACUGAGAACCCUGGAACAAGUCAAAACAGCACAAUCAAGAGCAUCUGUAGUGCAGAUGACCUUAGGCAAUUAGAUCUGCAAAAUGGAGGGCUAUCUACUGGUCGCUCUUCUUUGUUGAGGUCCCCCUCAGUUCAGCAGAUCCAACGCACUUUCAUUGAGGUGAAGCUUUCCUCCUCAUCAUCCUCUUCCUCCUCGUCCUCCACCUCUUCCUCACCAGCAUCGUUUCUGCAACUGCCAUUGCUAGAGAAAACGGAAGAGGUAAACACAGAAGUACCUCAUCUGACGGAGGAGGUGGACACCGUGCAGUGUUUCUCGAAAGCAGAUGCCACCAGAGACAGAAAUCCCUGUGGCUUGUCAAAACCUGUGACAAGGACUUACUCAAUGCCAGCCCAGUUAUCGGGUCAGCUGAGGGAGGAAUGCCAUGUUGCAGAGGUCCAUCCUGUGCAAGAACCCCAAGGCCACACUGCAGAGGAGAAAUGCCCCCAGAUGGUGUCGGGGAUGUCAAAGAUGGUGCAUCUCAACCCACCAAAUGGUCAGAGCGGGAAGGACGCUUCCAAAAAUGCCCAGAGGGUCCGUGGUGCUUCCCCCUCAGCUAGUAACACCAGCUGCUCUGCCACUGAGAAGCUGAGGAGCUUCAGAAGGAAUUACUACUACUAUGAGCUGACCUGGCCACAUGAGCCUACCUCAUCCUUCUCUGUCAAACAGAGAAUCAAAUCCUUUGAAAACCUGGCACAUUUUGACCGGCCCAUCACGAAGGCCAUUGAUAUUCACUCAUCCGUCAGGUCCCCCCUGGUCAGGAGGUCGUGUGGUGGGACAGGGGCAACCGGCCCUGCCGAGGCGCCGCGGGCCCUGCGGCGCAGCUUGAGCUCCUACGGCGGCAGCUCCAGCCCAGCCAGCGCCACAAGCAGGUCCCCCAGCAGCACGGAGCCCAGCAAGGGGGAAGGAAAGCCCCAGAGGAGCGAGGGGGGCAGCACUGGGGCUGCCUGUCCCCCCGCGGCCUCGCAGGCGCGCCGCAGCCGGGGCCUGGGGAGGCCGCCGCUUUCCCGCUCCAGGCUGCGGGAGCUGCGGGCCCUCAGCAUGCCCGACCUGGACAAGCUGUGUGGAGAGGGAUUCUCGGGGCCAGCGCAGCCCGCCUGCUUCAAGACGGAGCUGGAAAUCACACCCCGCAGAGCCCUCGGUGUUGCUGCGGAGGCGGGCGGGCCAGGGGGGUGCGGCAGCAGCCCUCGGGACAGCAGCUCAGGGACGCCAGGGUCUGCCUCGGAUGACGACGCGCCCCAUGGCAGCUCUCCGGAGGGGGAGCGCUCGGAAGACAGCUGGUCCAUCAGCUUGGAUCAGCUGCUUGUCUCAAGCCUGGACCAGCAAAAGCUGCAAUCCGUUUUGUCAGCAGUAGUACCAAAAUGUGAUGUUGCUGCUAUGCUCCAAGAAGUCAAAGCACAAGUAAAGAGCAAAGAAGACACAUACUUUGUAGUCUUGCACAAAGAAGAAGGAGCUGGCCUGGGAUUUAGUGUUGCUGGAGGAACAGAUCUGGAGCAGAAAUCAGUCACAGUUCACAGAGUGUUUUCAAGGGGAGUGGCAUCUCGAGAAGGGACUAUUCAUCGAGGAGAUCUUGUGCUGUCAAUCAAUGGCAGGUCUCUUGUGAGCUCAGUCCAUGGGGAUGUCCUGAAUGCUCUUCAUCACACAAGACUGUACAAAGAUGCGGUCGUUGUCAUCCAGAAGGAAAAAGACAAAGCAAACAAUUCCUCCAGACUUGAGAUAUCAGCUACUGGCAGAAAAUGUGUGGGGUCUGGAAAAGAUGUUUCCAUGGAAAUAGGAACAGAUCCAAACCUGGAUAUGAAUGAUGUCAUCUGCGUUGAAUUAUUGAAAACCUCUGCUGGUUUGGGAUUCAGUCUAGAUGGUGGAAAAGCUUCCAUUGCUGGAGACAGACCCUUACUUGUAAAAAGGAUAUUUAAAGGUGGUGCUGCGGAGCAAUCUGGAAACAUAGAAACUGGAGAUGAAAUUCUUGCUGUUAGUGGAAAAUCAUUACUUGGCCUCAUGCAUUAUGAUGCCUGGAACAUAAUUAAGUCCGUGCCAGAGGGCCCUGUUCAGUUAAUAAUCAGAAAACACAGAACUUCGUUAUGA